AUGACAUGGCUGGGCCAGACCGCCAAGAGUUGCGGGUGGAAGCCCACUACGCAACCCGUCGAGUCUCUGUCAGAACACUCGCAAGCGCAUCAGCAGGCACAGGACGAGGGGAAAGGCCCAAGGCUGAAGGGAAAAGCUCGCAAAGCUGCUAAAGAUGCCGCCAAAACGGCGCGAGUUCCGACAAAGCCGGCAGCAACUAGUGACGCCCCGAUCUUCAAAUACACCGUUACGACACAGGACCUCCUGAAACAGAUUGAUAAAGCAGCCAUCAAGGCUCGUCGCCGCUGUGCCUUAUGGUAUGAGCGCACCCAAGGCAGCAACCAAUCGGCUCGCGAUGGUCAUCAACAUUUCAUCGACAUGCUGCAGCGAGCCCUGAAUGUACUCAGAAGCACAGAUGGCGAGCCAGAAGCCUCUGUCAGUCCGAAGAAUGGUCCCAACCCAAAGGCUACUGACGUCGACUUCGUCCGGAAUGCAUUCGAAGCUCUAGAGGUAGAGGAUAUAUCGGAAGAUGAGGAUGAUGCUGCUACACAGGCGACGCCACCGUCUAAAUCGACUCAAGUCAAGCAGACGAACUACGUUUAUGAGUUGGAGUCAGACAAGACGUGGGAGCUCGCUUUUGCGGUGUUUUCAUUCUUCGAAGAUCUCCAUCGACUGAGAACUGAGAUGAAGGAGACGUACCGAAUGUACACGGACUUAUACCAUGACCCAAGCGAAUACACCUACGGGGACCUCGCAGACAUCAUGUACACGGCACAAUCGAUAACAACCGGUGAGGGGCGGUCAUUUCUGUCGGCGGCGACCUUGGAGUUAUCGCCUUUCGACGAGUUUGCGUUUUUCCCUGCUAGUCGGGCUCUGAUCGUGCUCGGGCGCACUCGUGAAGCAUUUCAGAAGUUUGCCUGGCCGGCGCCCAUCACUCCAAUGCGGUUCAACUAUAUCAGCCGGCCCGACCUGCUGAUGAACAACCCGCGAAUGCAGCGAUAUAAAGAACAGCAUCACUUCAUCUCACAGAUGGUCCUCGACAUGCACCUCCAUGACACCCUCAAGAACCCAUCAAAAAGUGCGGCCGGACUAAUAGGCAACAAGCUUGACGACACAAAGCUACCUUUUGAGGACCCUAUGUACAGUUCUCUGCGUCCUGUCUGGACCGAAGGCAUCGUCACCACGAAAGCGGUCUUCGCCGCUCAGCUAUUAUGGGACAUCCACACACUUCGCAAAGCCAAUCCCAACACCGACGGAACCAAGGCUUUGAACAGAGCUGCUAUCGGGUACCAGCGCAUGUUCAAGUUCAUCACACAUCUUGAUGGUGCGUUGGACACUGAAGAUGUCCGAUGGCUCUCCAAAGAUUCGUGGCUGUUGAUGGAUAUUUCUCGCCGUGUCGAAAUCCACUUAAAGCGUCCCCCCAUCAUUGAUUUCAAGAGGAUUUGCCUCAAAGGCAUGGUCACCAGCGACGGGAUGCCACUCGAAGCGCUUCCGCCAGAGCAGCGAAAGGCCAUGGAAGCCCAUGCGAGAGCGCAGGGUUGGACUCCAGCGACGAAGGAGCACGAAGAGAAUGCGAAAAGGCUGGGCGCCCACAAGACGGUCAAGCCUCACGAGAGCCCAUCCUUCCUGGUCGAUGAGAACCUACUGUACGGAGGAACGAUUCUGCUUGACAUCGCAUCGAUGGCCGAGGAAGCCGGUGUUGCUCUCGCGAACCAUCACCUUUCAAUCUUUGCGACCGCUCAUCUUUACAACGCCUUGUUUCGGUUGGGGCUGUGCCAAACCCGAUGGCCCGAGAUAAAGCGAAUCAUGGAAAAACAUGUUGAUGCGAUUUUCGCCAACGAUGUGCCAACGAACAUCAAGGACAUGGUCUCCCGAUUCGCGUAUCGCACUGGCGUCACGACUACCAACGCCCGGCGCUUCAACGCCAAAAUGCCAUGGAAGUUUCAAGCCACGCCCGCGACGCAGGCGGAGACGCACAGUCCUCAAUCGCCCGGUCACGUCUCGUCCUCCGGCGGCAAGAAGUCAAUCGCGGCUCCUGGGCAGCGUAAGCACCUAACGCCGCGACAUGCCCUGCAUAGCUUGGAGAAGUACAUCGGGACGGUCCUUCCGGACAUCGAGAUCGACUACGUAAACCUCACGCGGCGCUGUAACAAGCUCAUGAACAAGCUGAGGUCAAAGAUCUCUGCGGACCCCGGCAUCAACUACCCGUCCAUCCAGACGCCCGGCGAUACCAACGACCACGGCUACCUGGUGGUCGUCCUCGGCACUCAGGACGAGAUGAUAGAUUUCGAGGAGAGGCGGAAACGCCCGAAGAAAGGUCGACAAACUGGCGGAGACGCGGAGGACGAAGCUUACCCGCCGCAGAUCCAGCUUGCCAACGACAUACUACUUGACUUUUUGAAGUCAUCAAACCCCUGA